AUGAGUCUAGAUGCAGUUUUCAAGCAUAUAGAUGAAUGCAAGGAUGUGUAUAUUCAACGAUUAGCCGAUGCAGUGGCUAUUCAGAGUGUCUCUGCUGAUGACAAGAAACGCGAUGAAUGUGUUAAAAUGGUCUCGUGGACAGAAAACUUAUUGAGAAAAAUCGGAGCUACAACCGAAAUUGUCCCAUUGAGUGUUGAAGGACACAAUGAUCCUCCACUUCCACCAGUACUAUUAGGAGUUCUAGGAAAUGAUCCUAACAAGAAAACAUUAGUUGUUUAUGGACAUCUUGAUGUUCAACCUGCCAAGAAGUCCGAUGGAUGGAGUACAGAUCCUUUCGUUUUGACAGAAGUCGGAGGAAAACUUUUUGGAAGAGGCUCGACUGAUGAUAAGGGCCCAGUUCUGGGAUGGAUUAACGCUAUCGAAACCAUGCAAAUUCUUGGAAUGGAAAUUCCCAUUAACAUUAAGUUUGUUUUUGAAUGCAUGGAAGAGAGUGGUUCAAUCGGCCUUGAAGAGAUGUUGUUCGAGAGACAAAGUUUCUUGAAGAACGUGGAAUACGUUUGUAUCUCAGACAACUAUUGGCUUGGUACGACCAAGCCCUGUCUUACCUAUGGAUUAAGAGGAAUCUCCUACUUCACCGCGAAAGUCUCUCAUCCAGCAACUGACUUACACUCUGGGCUUCAUGGUGGUUUAGUCCAUGAACCUAUGGAUGAUCUUUUAUGGAUUUUAAAUCAAGUGAGCAAAGAUGGAAAACCGAAUUUUCCGGGAUUGAACGAAAUGGUCGCUCCUGUCACACCAGAGGAAGAGGACAUGUACAAAAAUAUUGACUUUAGUGUUGACUCUUAUCAAAAAUCUACAAGUGCAAAUAUUCGCCAAAAGGAUAAAACAGAUCUUUUGAUGAACAGAUGGAGAUAUCCAUCAAUUUCUGUACAUGGCAUCGAAGGAGCUUUCAGUGAUGCUGGAGCCAAAACAGUUAUUCCAUCCAGUGUCAUCGGAAAAUUCAGUAUUCGUACUGUUCCUAACAUGACUCCGGAGAAGGUUGAGACGCUUGUUGUUGAUCAUUUGAAUACUCUCUGGAAACAAAGAAACUCUCCCAAUGACUUCAAAGGUGUUGCUUUCCAUUCUGGCAAAUCUUGGCUCACUGAUCCUAAGGGUGCUAACUUCCAAGCUGCUGCUAAAGCCAUAAAAACAGUUUAUGGAGUCGAUCCCGAUUACACUCGUGAAGGAGGGUCCAUCCCAAUCACGAUCACAUUCCAAGAACUUUCGGGUGUCCCUGUACUUUUGCUGCCUAUGGGUGCUGCUGAUGAUAACCCGCAUGCACAAAAUGAAAAGAUCGAUGUUCGCAACUAUGUUGAAGGAAUCAAAUUAUUAGCAGCUUAUAUUUUCGAGUUAGCAUAA